GAGAGAGAGAGAGAGAGAGAGAGGUAGGGAGGAGGAAGGAGAGAGAGAUGGGAAGAGGGAGGGUGGAAUUGAAGAGGAUAGAGAACAAGAUCAACAGACAGGUGACCUUUGCAAAGAGAAGGAACGGACUAUUGAAGAAAGCCUACGAGCUUUCCGUUCUUUGCGAUGCCGAGGUUGCUCUCAUCAUCUUCUCCAAUAGAGGAAAGCUGUACGAGUUUUGCAGUAGUUCAAGCAUGCUCAAAACUCUUGAGAGGUACCAGAAGUGCAACUAUGGAGCACCGGAGACAAAUGUAUCAACAAGGGAGGCCUUGGAGUUGAGUAGCCAGCAGGAGUAUUUGAAGCUCAAGGCACGUUUCGAAGCCCUACAACGAAACCAAAGGAAUCUCCUUGGAGAAGAUCUUGGCCCUCUAAGCAGCAAAGAUCUUGAAUCACUUGAAAGGCAGCUGGAUAUGUCGCUAAAGCAGAUCAGAUCCACACGGACCCAAUGUAUGCUGGAUCAGCUCACAGAUCUUCAGCGAAAGGAGCACAUGCUAAACGAAGCAAAUAAGACCCUGAAAGAAAGGUUGUUCGAGGGAUACCAUGCACUCCAACUGAAUGCAAAUGCCGAUGAGUACGGCCGCCAACAAGCUCAGGCGGCCCAGGGUGAUGUCUUCUUCCAUCCCUUAGACUGCGAGCCCACUUUACAAAUUGGAUAUCAGAAUGAUCCAAUAUCGGUGGUGACAGCAGGUCCAAGCUUGAGUAAUUACAUGGGAGGAUGGUUGCCAUGAGUAUGCAUGCAUGGUCAUCAACAAAAACAGCAGCUAUAGCCAUGCAUGUUAUUUGCAGUUAAUAUUGAUAAGCAAGAUACAAUCUAUGCAUGUUUUGUUUUUAUGUUUGAGUUUUAUUUGACCUAAAAGGAUCAACGACGACAUUCAUUUCUCUGUAAUUGUAUGGAUUUAUUUAUGCCAUAAUUAACUCUGGACCUUUAAGAAUUGUCAA